UGCAUUCUCAAGGCGGUCUUUCUGUUGCAAGAAAAAAAAAACAGUACCCUAACAGGAACACGAAUUGGCCGUGCUGCUGAUGAAGGCAUGGGAUUGCAAAUGGGAUUUCAUUUGGAGAUAUGCAUGUGUUAGUGGCGGCUCGAAGGGCGGCGGUGUGUUCGGUGUUAGUGGGAGCUUCGCGGAUUCACCUCCACAGUGUGUGAAAGGAGAGAGAGAGAGGAGAGGGGGGCGGGGGGUGUAUGGACCUCGCCGCCUACGGGACCCACAGGCAACCCCCGAUUGUGUUCCGCUCCCAUCAUCAUUUCUGGAGGUGAAGACAAAAGAAAAGGGGGGAGAAACGAGCAUAAGAAAGGGGCCUGUGAAUCGGGUUGUCGUGACGGGGCCCCCCGACUUCACCGCCGCUGGCCGGGGUUGUCCUGACGCCUGGGAGAGAGAGGGGAAGGCGGCGUAGGAGCCGACUCCAGACCGGGGUUCCAGCCGUUCACCCGCCGAGGGCCCAUUUAGAGCCACAGUCUCAGCAUUGUGUGGACCGUUCGGGCCAUCUCUGGGAAGAUGAAUUCUACUGCCCGCAGAGACUGGAGAAAGAGAGAGAAACCACAGCAUAAACUCCCCAAACUAAAGCAGAGCUACAAAGGAGAUUGUGGACUUUGAGGAUAUCGAUGACAUGGAGUUACGAAGCAGAAGUGAAGCCAACAGUCAGAAGGUCGAUCGAUGCAUUAGAUCCUGAAGAGCACAGAGAAGAAACAAACGGUUAGCCCACAGUGAUCAAAGACUGCCACCGCCCAACAUAUCGUUCACCCGUCAAACUUGUAUUAGGAAAGGAAUGACCAGCGGAAGAAGCGUCUGUGACUGUUUAAGACGGAUGAAGAUACCCAUGGAUUGUGUUCCUCUAGAAUCUUCUAGUAGAGGAAUUCAACUUGGUGAAGGCUCGACUAGUGUCACUGUAACAUCCUCAUCCCGCUGUGGUCCUAAACAGAGCUGCAAAGCGCAGUGAUGAUCGGAGCGUUCGCUGCUACAAGAUGCUGUCCUAGGAGUUAACAGAACCUUUUCUUUUUUUGCACGUGGGUUAGCUAUUCCCACCUUUUAUCCCAACCCUCGAGUCUUAGCUCUUCUCUCCUUUAUGACACUACAGCCCGGAGAAACCAUUUGAGAACGUUGCGCCUUGAUCAUCGAACAUCUCAGCUGGUUUCGAUAUUUUUGUGCCAAACUGCUUCAGCAACAUGUGAACAGCCGUGUAUCUUGUAUGUUUUUGCCGAUGGAUCUAAUUUUGAACUUGCACAUGUAGGUUUUAAUCAUUUUUCCCCAAUAUGAGUUUCUAUCUUGUCAGGCCUUACUGAAGGUCAGAGAAAAAAAACAUUAGAUCAGCCUUGAUCCUUCUCAUACAUAUUAUGGUCUGCCUAGACCUAACCGUUGACUUUUUGCUGCUAUAAGUGUGAAUAUUAACGUGAUGUGUUCAUCUGCCUCCACUGUUUUAAAGAAGAGAUUUCAUCGGCCCACCAUCAAAUUUUAGACUGCCAUUUUAUUUUCCUGUCUGCACAGAAGGACUCGCUGCCUUCACUAUUGACAUUUUUUCCCCUGGAAAGUACGAAAAAUGCAACACUUUUCAAACAGCCCAGUACCUCCUUCUCUGCCUCCUGGCUUCAGCGGGAGGAGCGGUGGAGGCCCUACUUACCCUCCUCAACCAGCAGAUCCCCACAUCUCCCCCCGCAUGGCGGAGGAUUACACGGCCAUGCAGCAGGCAAGCCUCCAUCGAGGACACCCCCACCCAAGCCAAGCCUCCCACAUGCUGGCAUACAGCGGCCGUGCCAGGGGGGUCGGAGACUCUCCUGCCCCCCAGGCUAACCUCCACGGCAGCGCAGGCAACAGCGGCGGCAAUCCCUACCGCAAGGAAGCCAUGGAUUACUAUUUCUCAAUGGGUGGCAAGGAACGACAUAGGAGGGGCGGGGUUAUGGGCUACGGGGCGGGGUUUGGCUACCCUGGCGUUGAUGGACAUAUACCUCAGCAGUACCGCCACGCCGCAUCAGGCUCGGCACAGUCACCUGGCAUGAUGUCGCCGUACCCGGUGGACUAUGGUGCCACGGCUGGCUCUGGGGGCGAGGCAGGAGCAUUCUCUCCCUCGCAUCAGUACAGUUUGAGCCAGAACCCUGCCUCCAUGCAGCUCCGCCAGCAAGGACAGGGAUACCAGUCUGCACACCAUGGGCAGCAGCAUAGGAACUAUCCCCAAGCCUCGCACCGAAUGAACCCACAGUAUCCGCACUACUCCCCGCAGGGAGGCACUCCUUCGGGCUCAUCGGGAAUGUAUAGCCCCCCUCCUCAACGCUACCAUGACGGAACUGGUACCGCUGGGUUCGAUCCCAAAGUCAACAGCUCCGCAGGUGUUGCCGCCAGCUCCAACUCAGCCAGUUCAGCGUCUGCAGCCCCUAACAACGUUACACACAUGGAGAACGUGCAGCAGAGUUACCAUGCCUCCCCCUACCCCGGCUACUCCCCACAGAGUCACACCCUCCACAAGCAAGCCCCUCUGCAACACCACAGUUCCCAGCAUGGCCGCGCUGCUGGCUAUGACCCUUCGGUCAAGAUGCAGCAACAGGGCCCGUCCAAUGCCUCGCUGUACGCUAAACAUCACCAGGCCUCCAACCCCAAUAUACCUCACACAGUGUCGCAAGAAAUCGCCAAAUCCCCAAUGCACUCCAAUGCUCAGCAGAAUCCAAUCAACCAAAACUUCAGCCCUGUGUCCAAUCCGUCUCCAGCAGCCUCUGCAGUGCAGUCCCCCAACUGUAGCUCAUCCCCUUCCCCUCUGAUGGGUGUCCCGGAGGCCCAUGGUAACCCUGCAGGACAUCCUCCAGCCCAACCUAUUGCACCCCCCCGUGGAGGCCAUGGCCAGGGAAGGGUAUUGCAGACCGUGCCUCAGCUCAGCCCAACGCCCAACUCCAACAGCAGCAUCAGCAGCUGCGGUAGCAGUGGCGGCCACAAGCCUCCGGGCGUGAAUGCAGCGAUGGCGAGUGGGCACUCGUUGAAUAGUCGCAGCCGAAUGGGCGCAGGCAUGGGAGAUAGAUCGCGUGAAGAUGGCUCCGCGAUAUACUCAUCUCCGCUCGAGAAAAUGCAAGACGCUGGCCUUAACAGUCUGAAUGCCUUGACUUCCCAAGUAGCCAACUUACCGAACACCGUGCAACACAUGCUGCUCACCGACACUGUGUUUUCCCAAAAGAAGGGCAAAGAUGGCGGACAGAUGCAGCAGCAGCAGCAGGCGCAUGCCAUUCCCCAGAUGCAACAACGGAGUCGUAAUGCGAGUGCGGCGUCAAGCACCAGCACGGUCAGAGAAGGUAGUGGCGGGGUUGGGGGUGAUGGUUCUGAGGCCGGAGCUGACGAAGACUCCCUGGUAAUGUCAGAGCGGGGGCCAUCGGUCGCCAAGGUUGAGCGAGAGGAGCAGUACUCUGAAGGAGAACACAGACGAGCCAGGCAGAUGAGUGGCGCAAGCAGUGGUUCUGAACCUGCAGGCUUCUGCCCGCCUUCUCACAGUCUUAACCAAUCGCAGGCAGGCAAGGCGUCCCAUGAUAAAACAAUGAUACACUCCGAGCCAAUGACGAAACAAACAGGGUUCUCUGAGAUGAAACCAAACGAAGCCCGCAUUCCCUCUGCGUCUCCGUCUGUAUGCCCCCCACCAGCUGAGCCCGGACAACACUAUUCCACUGCUCCAGUUUCUCGAACCCACACUUCUCUUUGCGAUGAUCCUCCUCCCAAACAAAACUGUCGACCAGAGCCACCACAUGGAGAUAACCGAUAUGGCCACAGGAAGAUGAUGGAAGUUAAAAAGGAAGUCAUUAAGAGUGAGAGUGGAGCUGUGGUUAAAACGAGAGACAAAGGUGACAAUCAAAUGCAAGGCAAAGGUGAAGUCAACCUCCUGCAGGAUGGUCGCGACAAGGAAAACAGAUUUAAUAGCGGCUCCAGUGGACACAGUAAUGAGCGUGAUGGACCACAGAAGAUGUCUGAGGAGCAACAAAAUGCCAGCAGUGUGGGCGUCAUUGUUUCGUCUCGGCCUGAAGGAGGUCACCCAGACAAGACCAAGGGUCUUCAGGACCCUAGCGCCGAAGAGAAAGGUCCCCGGCACUACGUUAGAGACCCUAGCAGUCGCAAUGGGGAGGAAGGUGUUGAUUUAACUGUUUACUCUGCUCACCACCAACUCCACCAGAAGCCAAAUUUUGGACGUUCUCAAAAUCACCCACAAUUGGCCCCGCACAAAUAUAGCUACCCUGAGCCACAAUACGGCCCUGAAGCUUCAUUGAAAAGCAGGGGUAGGAGCGGGCCAGGGGGAGCCAUGGAGGCUGUCUCCAGAUACCCAGGGCAGCAGCAGCCCCAGUCUGCGUACGGCCCUGCUCAUUCUAAAGACCUAGUAGAGGCAUCGUUAAAGAGGACUGAAGGUGCAGGGCCAAGAGUCCAUGAGGAUAACGCUCAGUUGCAGCAGUUUCCAAGCCUUUUGCAAGAGGUCCUUCAAGGAUAUAAUUUAGACAGACGUUAUGGGCGUGCCGAACAAGCAUUUCCUCCACAUCUCCAGUUGCAGCAGCAGUUUCAAACCAGACAUGGCUUUAGCAUGACCGGAAUGACCGAGGCCGCACUACAUUCCACCCAAAUGGCAAAUUCUGGAAAGCCCCAACAGUUGAACCACAAGCAAGGGCCAGCUUCUACAGAUGCCCAUUCCAAGAUUCCGCCAAAUGGUGAAAGAGCUAAAGGGGGUAUGUCCCAGGGUCAUUUCCCUCAGGCUAUCGAGUCUGUGCCUCCUCCAACCAAACACAUCAACCUGGCAGACUAUUCAUUGCCACAGAAGAAGACCUUAUCUACCAUGACCCACCCCUCAUCUGCAGUACAAGAGCUCCUUCUGCAAGAAACAGAGCCACUAACGGGUAGCUCUCACCAAACUGAGACCCAAAAGUCUUCCGCUACUCUGUUAACGCUGUCCUCCGAACGCCGCUCGGUGAUCUGUGAUGUUUCGCCAAACCGUCGCAGCACUCCUGAACGGGAAGAGAGGGAGAGGGACAAGGGUCCGGGUGGAUCCUCUGUGAUUCAAGAGCCGUUUCCCUCAGUGUCAGGGGCCAAUGACUUGAGCAAAAAGGAUCCAGGGGUAAAACCUGUGGUAAAGAUGGAAAUGGCAUUGAAGGACAGGUGCCCCAGUGCUGCUAAUAUGCAGCCGGAUCGCCAUGCCAGUGGAUCGGCUAAAGAGGGCGGUUCCAAGCAUGUUCAUCCUGUUGAUUCCUACAGACGAGGUCAUGUGGACAUGAGCCCCAUGCCUCCACAUCCUGGCGCCACCCCAAACCCGUUAUCUCCGCCCUCCAGGCACCAGGCCUAUGGCCAUGGGUUUGACCUGACCAGUGGCCACGCCAGCGGGUUUCCUGGAUAUCGCUAUGGUGAUACGAGGGAAGGCGGCAUGAUGCAACGAGGAAACCCCCACUUCCCAUCCCAUCAUCCUUACCAUAACCUAUCCCCCCAGGCCCAACUCUCAAACCCACAGUCCACCACCAAGCAUCAGAUGUACCCUCACCCCUGUGGCCCUACCCACCCACCCCAGGACAUCAGCGAAUGGGUAGCAGCGAUGAACAGGCCGUCCAAGGAGAUGAUGAUGAUGCAGUCCGGAACCUCCCCAGGAAGGCAUAAACUUCCUAGCCAAUCGGAACAAAGAGUGCGGAUGGUCCCUCAGACGGACGGAAUGAGCAAUGAACCUCUAACCAAAACAACUCUCCCACACCAGAGCCCUUACUACGACAUCAAGAUGUGGGAGGCAUCACACGGGGGCAGAGAAGGUGCGGUAUUAAUGGAGGGUGACCCCUACUACAGAACAGCUCCCCCUACUGCAGUUCCUCCUCCCUCUGUUUCUGUGGUACCCCAUGGGGUCCUUCCUCUGGCAUCUAGUUCAAACCUUGUGGAACCUGAUGUCACUAGAGGAGCCACAGAGGAACCGAAACCAGCUCGUUCUUUGUCAGCAUCCAGCUCCAUCAAACCCUUCACCGAGGGCCACUCCGCUCAACUACAGGGGCCGCGACCAGCUAAAGUCGGUGGAUCCGGGGAUACGAACCCGUUGAUGUUGAGGCGGAGAGUGCGGUCCUUCAUCUCUCCCAUCCCCGCCAAAAGACAGCUGCAGGAGGCCAGGGCAGCCCUCAACUCCCACCAUUCCCCUGGGGCCCAGUCUGAGUCAAGCCACAACAACGAAGAUGACUCGUCAAGUUCAGACAUAGUUUGUCCCCGCCUGUCGUCCCCUAUUUCUGGUGAGAAUGCCUACUCUCAGUCAAUGUCUCCCUCCGGUGGAAAGAGUAAGCCUCUGACUCCCAGGAAAGGGCGUGGUCUGAAACUGGAGGCCAUUGUGCAGAAGAUAACUCCAAAUGUUCAGAAGCCAAUGGGACUGGACGGCGAGUCUAACCAUUACCCAGGCUAUUCUCAUCCAGAGCUGGCUUCGUUCAGUGACUCACAGAGCCAAGACAUUUCCCAUUACCCAAGAGUUGUAGGUGGUGACGACGGUUACCUUGAUGAAGGUCACUCUCUAAGUGACCUGACCUUCAGAGGAGUGGACGACGCAGGGCCACUGCCCCCCAUCGCUUACCCCUGUGAGCCUCACCAGACCUCCCAGGGUCUCAAACAAACAGACUUUGACUUCGGUUUAGGGGCUGCGGUGGUUUCGGCCUCCGGUGACAAGGAGGACUUCACCCUGUUGGGUCCUCUACCCCCUCCUCCGCCUCUCCCUCGUCCGGUCCAGGGCUCCCCUCCUCCUUCCUCAUCGGCACUGUCAGACAUCCAACAUUUCACCAACACCUACCAGCAGCUGGAGACCCGCCGGGGAGAACAGUCUGCGGCCAACCUCCUCAGACAGAAGCUUCAAGAAAGCGGGAUUGGAUUUGAAGACUAUCCUGGCAGGGACUACUAUGCAACCACCCCACCACACCACAGCCAGACCCCGGGACUCCUGCUGAGCCGACCACAACACCACAUGUCCUCCGGGAGGUCCAGCCUGUCACCACAGGACUGCAAGAUGUCAGACAGUUCUGUGCCGAAAGGCUAUUUCCCAUCAGGCAAAAAGAAGGGCAGACCUGUGGGAAGCGUCAACAAGCAGAAGCGUGCCCAGGGCCAGAGCCAGAACACAUCCCCGGGUCACAAUAGCAUGCAAGGGGGUCCCCUCACGCCCUCGGCUACCUCUCUAGCUGCCCUCCCCUCCCUCCCCCCCCCACCGGGACAGACCUGCAGCAGCAUGUCCGCCUCCCCUCCCCCCCCUCUGGUAGAACGGCCAACCACCCCGCCCCUGGCACCGCCCGUGCUGACCCAGGUGGUGAAGGUGGAUGUAGAGAGUGAGGACAUCCAUCCGGAGGUGGAGGUGAAGCUCCUCAGACGAAGACGAAGAGGGGUGAAGGAAGAGGGUGGUGUGGCGGAGGUCAGGGGUCGCCAGAGGAGGAGGCGGAGAGUGGGAGCGGGAGCAGCCCCCAUGCCUCAAGAAGACCGCGAGACCUCGCCGUGCACUGCGGGCCCGCCGGACCCCAGCAGGAAGGGUCCGUCGUUUCCCCACAUCCAUGUCGAGAAGAAGGUGCCUGAGGUGGGGGCGGUAUGCACCAUCGUCAACGCCAAUGAUGAAGAGAAGUUGAAGGGGGAGCGUAGUUCUGUUGGAGGAAAGACUGGUUUGGAAUCUCUGCUGGCCUCUGCGUUUUCCACCCAGCUCUCCCGGAGGGAGAGGGAGGCGGAGCAGCGGGAGUCCGAUGAGGCGGAGAGCAGCCUCCCGGCGGUGAAGGCUCUCCCGUCCUCCGGCUAUGUGGUCUCUGGACCUGUGAUCACAGAGACCAACCACUCUGGCCGCCUGCUCUGCUGCCUCUGUCAGAAAUGGGCAAAUUACAAACACCUGGGAGAUCUGUACGGGCCGUACUACCCUGCUGAGUAUGCCACCAGGCUGCCCAAGAAUCAACCGCAGGUCCGGCAGGGCCAAGCCACCGCCGCAGCCAACCGCACGGGGCCGAGCUCCGACAACAACUCAAACGUAUCGAACAGUCUCCAAGACUCGGCACCACAAGACUGUCAGAUCCCUAGACCUCCUGAAAGCGACUACGCCAUCAGCCUGCUGCGACACGCCACCUCCCCCCACCUUGCGGUGAGCGGGUUCUCCCCCGCCGGCGCAGAUGAGAUGAUGAUGAUGUAUCUGUCUGGGAAGCUGAGCAGCAGCUGCAGCUCGGGCGCCAGCAAGACCCCGUCGCUGUCCUGGGACAUGCACCUGGACACUCGCCCCAUCCCAGAGCUGAAGAGGGAGCCGGAUCUUGAGGUUGAGCUGCUGCCCAAUCCCCAGCCGCCGCCCCCGGAGGAAGCUCAGCAGCGACCCCAACACAGGAAGCUCACCUCCCACCCGCGCUUCAAGCGAAGGCACAAGUCCACCGAGGACUCCCCCAGGAUGGUGCCGUCCAACAGCAAGGCUUCGCUGCCAUUCCAGCCCCCGCCCCCCGCCCUGGACUCCCUGGGACCCCUGGCUCAACUGGCUCAGCUGCCCCAGAUGCCCAUGGACCCCGAGGAGCUGUGGUUCCACGAGGGCUGCAUGGCCUGGACCAGCGGGGUCUACCUGGUCAACGGCAGACUGUAUGGCCUGCAGGAGGCACUAGAUGGUGCCAGAGAGACGAACUGCUCCUACUGCGAGGCGGUGGGCUCCACCCUGGGCUGCUACACCAAGGGCUGCACCCUGCGCUACCACUACCUGUGUGCCAUGGAAGCAGAUUGCACGUUGAAUGAAGAUAACUUCUCCCUUCGUUGUCCGAAGCACAAGGUAAAGAUUGAGAGUUCAUACAGAGUGGUCGGCCAGCCAAGCCGAUCUUCCUGGAACAGUCAGAGAGAGGUUGACACCAACGAAGAAGAAGAGACGCCGGGGUCUGGAGACUGGAAGGAUGGAGAGCAGGAGGACGAGGACGAGGAUGACGACGAGGAUGAGGAGCAGCAGCAGGACGAGGAGAACUUCUGAACCGCGUUGCUGCAGAGCUGGUCCGUCUGACGGACAGACUGACGGACACAGAAACCUUUUGUGGAAUGUACUUCUCACCCGUUGAGAGAAAACAAACCUUUUGUAGGCCAGGCGUCGCUGUGAACUUUUGACCACCGAUAACGAACAGGCAGGGUUACCAUGGAUACAACGGCGUGUUGGAACACUUGGAACAAAAUAUCAACAACAAAGUGUUAGCCCCCCUCCCCCCGUCCUAUUGACUGGUUGGUUGGUUUGUAGACUGGUUGGUUGGUUGGCUGGUUUUGUUGACUGGUUAGUUGGUGGACAGGUUGGUUGGUUGGGUGCUUGGUUGACUGGUUGGUUGUUUGGCUGGUUGUUUGGUUUCUGGUUGUUUUGUGGGCAGAAUGUCAUUUUGAGGACGGAGAGGAUGAAUGGCUCUUCAUAGUAUUCUUUCAUUAUUAUUUUACUCAGCAUUAGUACUUCAGUAUUUACGUAUGGGAGCGGUCGUGUACUUGUAUGUGUUUUAUACUCUCAAACCACCCCACAUAUCAUGUUAUGUUUUUACACUUCCUGGAGGGGCGGGGCCUGUGAGGGGCGGGGCCUGAAGAACUUGGGACGUCAGGGUUGAUUGGCCACACAGACAUUAAUGCCUUGCACAGGGGUCUGCUGCCUUUGAACAUUCACGUGUGUGUGUGUGUGUGUGUGUAUGUGUGUGUGUGUGUGUGUGUGUGUGUGCGAGCAUGUGAGUAAAUGAGAGUACGAGUGUGCAGGAUAUGCGAGGUGCGAGGCUGCUUUUGGUCCAUUAUGAAAAGUGUUCUUAUUUUUAAGCAAGGCAGUUUUUACGGUACAGAUAGUAUUGAGGAGAGCGUAUAGUUGGAUGCUUAUUUUCAAGUUUAGAGACGAACUGUUUGCUGUCUUCAGCGCGAAGGAGGUAGGGUCGCGUGCAGCUGGCAGAAGGUCUUACAGGAAGCUGUGUACAGAGACUUCCUGCUGACGGAUGACCACGUUGUUUAUGGAACCAAAACCUUUUUUGAUGAAGUCGUCAUGAGAGCAGCCACCCAAUUGGCCACCUGUGCUGUCCAAUGAGGCAGGAGGAGGAGGAGUCAUAGUAACCAAGUGUUUUUAUUUCUCGGCGUCUGUUGGGGCGAGAGUUUGUCCAGUCAGACGCAGCGUUUCCAUGAAGCCACAGAGUGCGUCGUACACCGUGUCGUCUACAUCAUUUUUUUAUCGUUACUCUUGUAAAAAAAAACCUAAAAAGUGAAAGGAUAGCGCUGAGUCCAUGCUGUACUAGAUACCUGUCAAUAUGUAUAUGAAUUAUGAAUACAACACACAAAACUGCUUCGACUCCUCUGAUCUUCACUAAAGUGUUUGUUUUGUCCUGAA